AAGUAAGAAAUAAUUCAAGCUAACCUAGUUUAAAAAAUAAUUGUCCGCCAUGUUGGAAACUAUAAAUCGAACGUAAAAAAGUUUAAGCAGGAGAAUUACGUAUAUAUAUAUGUCGACAAAACGCAUUCGUGGAUAACAGUUCAGGGAUCUUAUAUAUAAGAUGCACAAUCAGCCUGAACUGAAGGCAGUCUCAGUAAGGCUAUACAAGUACCUGUGUGACGAAAUAGUUGGUUGUGAAAAAGUUGUCAGAUAUAAAAGAUUGUACUGCAAACUCCAUGAUGAUAUAUCAAAUGAAAGUGAUUUAGAAAUAAUUAGCAGUGGAAGUACGGCUGAAGGUUUGACCCUUACGGGCAGCGAUAUUGAUAUCAUGUUUCGUUCGAAGUUUUGUGAAGUUUACGAAGAUGAACCUAGAGACGAAGAAGAUGUUAUUAUUCUUGACACUGAAAAUGCUUUACCAGGUUUUGCAUUACUGAAGGUACCUGAUGGAUCAGAUUUCCCAACAACAAAUACUGCUAAUGGAAUUCUACUAGCUAACACUGAAAUGUUUCAGGAUAUCUGGGACCAGGAAGAAGGCUUUGACGACUUUUUCGAAAUUCAUGGACCAAGUAUGUCAAAUUCAAUGCUGCACGAUAUUGACAUAGUGCCCUUUGUAAGGUGUCAUACAUGGCCGAAGGUCGCCCACAAAUGGUUUUUUAGGUAUAGACCUUCUAGUUGGCCAUCACAGGAUACCAUUUCGAAGGUAGCUUCGGAUGGUGUUUUACUAGUACCGGUUGGAAGCAAGUCACCUAGCAGCGAACUUCAAGGUAAUCCGUUAGAAUGGCGAUUCUCAUUUUCUCUUUCUGAAAAGCUAUUAAUUUACUCAUUUAAUCAUACUCAGUUGCUUUGCUAUUCGUUGCUGAAACUAUUUUUAAAGGAAAUAGUAAAUAUAGAUAAUAUACUUAAUAAUAGAUUAUGUUCAUAUCAUAUGAAAACUGUGCUAUUUUGGAUAUUGGAAGAAGAUGAAAAUUUGUUAUGGAUUCCCGAACAUCUGCUACAUUGUUUUCUUUUAUGCAUCCAACGUCUGCAUUAUUGGAUUGUAUGUGGUUAUAUUCCUAAUUAUUUUAUACCGGAAUAUAACAUGGUGGAAGGAAAACUCUCGCAAGAUAUUCGUUCAUAUCUUGCAUUAUUCCUGGACAAGAUUAAUAUGCAUGGAGACUGGAAAAUUAUUUUUUCAGCUCCUUCACUUUGCAAUUUCCGAAAUACACCAUUAAAUAUAUCAAGACAAUUCCAACGUUUAGCUGCAAUAGAUGAAGCAGUUUUAAGCCUUCGAACAUUCAGUACUUUAGCUUUCUGUUUUUCAGACUAUUACACAGGUGAAACCCUUUGUGUAUGCAUACUGUAUAGGAUGCUACGGAAACAUCUACCAAAUUCCGCAAGAAAAAUGCUAGCCGUAAUGUUUUUAAAAGGAAACAAAAUGAUAUUAACUUCCAUGGAUGUUCUUAAUGGCAAAAACAAGUGUUCCUACCUUCAUUACAAAGAAUGUCUUUCUCGUGUUUUGAUAAAUACAUUUUACGAUGACGUGUUCGGAUGGUUACUACUUGCAGCAUAUUUUUAUUCCACACAGGAAUUUGAUAAAAUGUCUCAAAUUUUACUAUUUGCAUCGAGUGAGCUGUCUCUAAAUAAACACAGAUUUUCAGGAGCAUCGCAUGUAGAUAAUAGAGGUUUUGAGUUUAAAAACUAUCAAUUCUUAAAUGCUGAUUUUCCGGAUAUAGCAUUUCUUGGAAGUAAUCAGUCGCUAGCGUUGUUCUUUUUUCUAAAUUUUUUAUACAGUCGUAAGCAAGGAAGCUGUCUUGAAACCCAAUCUGCAUUGAAAUUACUAGAACAGACCGUUAAUGAAAAAAGUGAUACACCUAUACAUUGGUUAUGUACACUGUCAUCUUAUAAACUUUUACAAAAGGCGUUUGAACUUUUAAACGAUAUAGAAGGGAAAGAAGCAUGUACAUUAGAAACUUUAAAAGCAGUUAAAAAGUCGGAGAAAUUUAACAUUUUCGUGAAAUGUGACAAAGACGUCGAAGAAAUGAAACUGAUACUUGAACUUGUGUAAAAAUAUUUUAAUGUUCAGCAAACCAGACAAAAUUAUGAUUUUCAGGUAGUGACAAUUAUAAUCUGUCUCUACGUCUCCUUUCUGUGUUGUUUAACAUAACUGAUCGCAGAUUUUCGAA